UUUCGCCUUGGCCCCUUCCAUCGCCGCGGAGCGCCCCCUCGGCAGGACUCAGGAACAUGCACUGCUUGCCGAGUCUGGUGAUGGCCCUCAGCGCCCUGUUGGUGGCCUUGGGCGUGCUGCAGUUGUGGCUAUUCUGUCACCAGCCCAGUUGCUACGGGAAGCACGAGUCCUGCCAGCCAAAGGAGGGGAAAAACCCCGCCGCGAGGGCGCCGCGCCGCGCCCACCUGCCGACCCGCUGCGCCUGGUUCCUGCAGGAGCUGCCCGCCUUCCUGGUGCCCGCGCUUCUGCUGGCGCGGCGCAACCCGCCACGCUUCGCGCCGCUCGGCUGCAGGCUGCUGGGCAGCAUGUUCUGCGGCCACUAUUUCUACAGGACAUUCAUUUACUCAUACUUCCGAAGAGGCAGGCCUUUCCCAGUGAAGAUACUGUUUUAUGGUGUACUAUUCUGUAUCUAUAAUGGCUUCCUUCAAGGUUACUACAUGAUUUAUUGUGCUGAGUACCCAGAUGACUGGUGCAAAGACAUACGAUUUAUGUCAGGCCUCUUGUUGUUUUUGUUUGGCAUGGGGAUCAAUAUUCACAGUGAUUUUCUUCUACGUCAGCUAAGAAAGCCUGGAGAGUUCACUUACAAAAUUCCACAAGGAGGAUUGUUUGCAUAUGUCUCAGGAGCAAAUUUCUUUGGAGAAAUCCUGGAAUGGUUCGGGUAUGCUAUAGCGACCUGGUCUCUACCAGCCUUAGCCUUUGCAUUUUUUACACUCUGCUGCAUUGGACCACGUGCUUAUCAUCAUCACAGGUAUUAUUUGAAGACGUUCACUGGCUAUCCAAGAUCAAGAAAAGCCUUGAUUCCUUUUAUAUUCUGAGGAAUAGUUAUCAGAAUGGAUGGGUGUUGUGUGUUCUUUAAUGUUUAAAUAUGUUUUAUUAUUGUUAAGUAUAAUGUAUUAAAGUCCUUUGAAUUAUGUCACUUUGUAUAAUAGAAAGAAUCAUUUUGGCCCUUAGGGGUACAAAGAGCAGUUGCUCUUCAGCAACUAGUUUAUUCCUACCUGCAUUUCACAGGUUGGCAAUCAGUGCUGCUUGUUUGGGAAAAAAUACUUGGACUGUCACCACUAUCUACUUUUCACAGGCAGCAGCAUCAAGUUCAGUGAAGAAAAAAGGGUUUGUUAGCUGCAAGCCUAUUACUCUGUCUCCGUAUCCUUUCUCAUAAAGUCUAA